AUGUUGCCGGAGGGUCCCUUCGCGUGCGCGGGGGGCGCGGUGUUGGGGCCGGACCAGCUGGCGGCUGUGAAGAACAUGGUAGAUGCCUGGGUUGACCUGGAGCUGAAGCAGAGUCGGGUCUUGGCCAACUUGUACAGCGCCCUACUGGAGUCCGGCAGUGAGGCCUUGGAGUUGCAGAUCCAGGACUGCGGCUUUGCAGUGCUGGUGAUCAUGAUGAUCGCGCUCAGGGCAUUGGACUACGACUACGGCCAGGCGGCGGCGGGUGACCUCUUCGCGGAGGUUCAGAAGCUGCUGCAGCGCCUUGAGCCCUUCCGCGCGGAGGCCACAAGCCGCGGCUGGUGGCCCGAGACGCGGGACUUGGCCAUCUAUCCCGCGCUCGUGGGCCUGCACGCGCCCCAUGACUGCUAUGGCUCCCAGCUGCGGUUUUACAUCUACUCGCUUCGUGACUGGACGCCGGCGGGACAUGCCGAACGAGGAGUGCUGCACUGCCAGCACGGGCAGUGGGGCCUGGAGGCCAUGAUCCCCUGGUGGCUGCGCCGUGGCUGCGCCACCGAGAACCCCGAGGAGGCAGACUACUUCCUGGUGCCUUGGCACACCUGGUGCGAUCGGAUGAUCUUCCGGAUGAACCAGUCUCGUGAGCCCAUUGGCGAUAUCUCCGCGGUGUACCUGGAGUUGAUGCAACGCAAGGAGGAGUUGUUGCCACACUGGUCGCGUCAGCUGGGCCGAGACCACAUCUUCAUCUUCUCGGAUCAGGGGAUGAACUUCUUUCCGGAGUGGCGCGACCACAUCCCACACUCCAUUUUCCUGACCACGGAGGCGCUCACGCCUGGCUGCGGGCCGAGUUGCUACAACCCCUGGAAGGAUCUAGUGGUGCCAGGUCAUGUGGACUACUUCCGCUUCCGGCGCAUGCAGGAGGUGAACCUUCCCUCUGAGCAGCGGGACAUCCUCUUCAACUUCCAUGGCAGACACCCGGGCUUUGGGCCCUCCUACUACAAGGACAACGUGGUGAGGGGGAAGAUCAUCGACAUAUUUACAGGAGUGCCGGGGGUGUCUGUGGGCGGCUUCGUGGAGGGCUACUUCGAAGUCAUGGGCGCCUCCCACUUUUGCCUGGUGCCAAUGGGCACCUCCUCGUGGACCAAUCACCUCUACGAGGCCUUCUUCGCUGGCUGCAUCCCCGUGAUCUUGAGCGACAGCUUCGGCGUCCCCUUCGAGGGUGUGAUCCAUUGGGAAGAGUUCUCCAUCAAAUGGCCGAUGGCGGAUGUGGGGAUGGAGCUCUACCACUACCUGAUGUCCAUGCCCAGCCAGACAUUGCGGAGGAUGAAGGCGGCAGUGGAUGCCCAUGCUUGCUGGUUCGACUACCAUCAGACCCUUGAGAAGCCGGGGCAGAACUGCGCCUCGUUCUUGCCCAUUUCGAAUCGCCCGGAUCGGACCUGA